GAAGACAGUCCGCGGUGAUAUCGAAAAUAGUACCUUGUAUGGAUGGCAUCGCUGGACAGAUCUAUAAACCCCCAAAUGCCCGGCCCGAUGGAGAACUGGACAAUGGAGACAUAUCGGCGAGAUGGAACUCGUUAGCACGCAGGUCUCGGACGGUACCGAGUCAAGUCCCGAACGAGCCAUCGAGCUCUUUCUUGCUUCCCACCCCGCCCAGAGACACCUCGAUCUGCUCACCGAGAUCCUCACCCAGAGCUCCAACAUCGACGAGCGGGUGGCGGCCCUGAUUCAUGGCGCAUGGUACCAUGUCUGCCGCAACAACCUCUGGUGUCCUCGCUUCGGCAGCCUCGAUGAGUACCGGCAGUCCAUCGACUACUCCUCCGUGGUGAAGCCUAUCCUUCAGCGCCACAAGAAGUCUGACCGGGCGAAGCAGCUGAGCUCGCAGAUCAUCCUGCGCCAGUGGAAUGUCCAUUACACUGUGGCCAUACCGGAGACUUUCCGGCCCAUCUUUUGGAGCAAACAUCUGUUGACUCUGAUGGGUGCUUUGAGCAAAGCAAAGCCCCUCCCGGAAGCCCUGGAUCUGCUGCAGAAGAGCGUCAAGGCUAGGCCGCAUCGCGGCAGGAGUCGACCUCAGCUUGUUCCAAGUGACGUCCAGCGUGUUCUUGACAGACUCAAAGCCACAAAGUCACUCCAUCAAGGAUACAAAGGUAGGUUCCUCCGGAAGCAGAGUACUGGUCCCCUCACUGCCCUAGACUGCGAUUUAGUACGGUCUGACAGCCUCAACUCGCCGUUCGUGGCAGCAUCAUUUUUCGAUAGCAUGAAGAACCUCAUACCCGGCCCAGAGAAUCAGAUUGGAGAGCAUAGCGACGUGAAAAUAAAUGCGUGUGGAUGCGCCCCUAUAUGCCUGCCGUUGAUUACGCUUCUGUCCGAUAAUGGGUCAGAAUUGAGUCGACCGCUUGUUACCAGCUUGCUGCACUGGGCGAGGUCAGUUUCAUGGGAGAGUCUCUGCGAAGACCACCUAAAAGAGCUCUACCUCCACAUGGCUCUCGUACAACCCCACGGAAUGGACCGCAGGGAAAUAGUCCGACACUUGGAGAUGUUCUGUAGCAGUCGACGCUCGUCAUCAAGCUCAAGCGACUCAUCCACAAAAGACCAGCUCAUGUCACUUUUACCCCCAAUUGCAGAGAUGGCGGACGACCAUCUGCUUUUCAGUCGCUACACUGCGAUGCCAAGCCUCUGGUCUACAUGGCAGAAAGAGGGAGUUGUACAUAUUGCGGGCUUCUUCGACUACCUGGAGCAAUACGGAAUCUUUGACCGAGUGCGCAACACUCUGAAGAGACACGCCUCGGGGGACGAAUUCCAGCUCAUAAGCCAGAAGUGCUACGAGCUGAUCUGCCAAAUGAUCCAGCAGGAUCCAGCGUACUACUCACUCAUCGUCGCCUGUCGACCAGACAAGAACUGGAGGCUCAUACAUCGACCCGGCCAUUAUCACCGAGAAGGUCCACCAUGCGCUGAAGAAAGGCUGGACUUUGAUUUCGCCCUGGGACAGACCGAUCCCCUAUCGACUGUCAAAGGAACCAGCGAUAUUCGAAGCACGAUCAUGCUGCCAACCUUUCCCCCGGAACACGUACUCAACGUCGUCCCGGGGUCUCACCAACCCGCGGCGGAGAGCAAUUUGGCCACCCAGUCAUGCGGAACCAAAUGUAUCACCAUGCACUCAGGCGACCUUGUCCUUACCAUGCCCAACCUGACCCGGCAUCCGGGGAGCUUCAUGUCCCCUGCUCUCUUAAACAUAACCCAAAGUGGAGUCGAUGACAAUUUCGAGACUCUAGAAAACGGCUACGGCGGGACAUGGGCCCGACUAGCUAUGAUCCAGAACUACAAGGAGCUCGGGAUGCAAUAUUUGGGACCUUUGGAGCGGUCAUACGCCCCUUCCCACUUCCAAGGCUAUGCAGGGGACGACAGCCGACUUGAGUCUGCCUCCGCGCUGGGCGAGGCGCUGAUGGGACGCCGGGAGUGGAAAGACCGCAAGGUAAUCCACCAGCGCAAUAUGGCCUUAGGGAGCGACGACGCCAUCGCCCUGGGGUUUGUGAAGAAAGUCCGGGAUCGGCUCGCGGUCGAAUUCCACGAAACACUCGAUUUGAUCGAACUGUGUCAUGAAGGAUCCGCUGCAUCCACCGCAAUCGACCUAUCUACCCUGCAAACACCACAAUUAUACGACUGUCCAAGCAUGCACACCGGCAUCGUCCCAGAUAUAGACUUCAACCUGCUGGAUUUCUCAUGGAUUCCAGACCCAGUGUAUGGCAUGCAGCUCGAUGCUGGGCUCGGUAAAGCCAUGGAUCCGACGGCUGCAUUCUAUACGCCUGAAGCUAUUGACCAUGCCGGCGAUCUGAUGUACCAGAUCCUGGGCGAGUAGUGUGUAUUAUAUGUGGCAGCUGCCAGGUCAUACCGCCAUUUUGUUCUGUCGUCAUAAGCGGAGUGCUGUGCACUCAUUCACCAAUAUAGCUUUUAGCACUGUGGCUGUGGGGGUACUCUCAAGGACAUCAUGUCUAUAGCCAAUCUUAGGAGUCUAAAGGUUCUCUUUUAGCACUCAUCCAUUAUUUAAUAUUCUC